CAAUUUUCGGUUGGCUCUGCUUUGACAAACGGUUCAGCGUCAGGUUUCCAGGACGGUGAAAAUGGCUAUCAUUUGGGGGUUCGACCUGUCCGAGAUGCAUUGGGGAGCAUUUGGCCACAAAAACAUGUUCGAUCCCCAAUGGCAUCUGCGGAAGGAGAGGUUUAUCGUAUACCAGAUUGCAAUGAUCACGGCUCUUUCUGCCGAGUGCACGGCAACCUACUCUCUAUCGAAGUAUAACUUCCACGAGUCAGACAUUGAAGAGGCUUCUGGUCACACGAUGGUCGUGUUCAACAAUGAUAUCUACGCAGCGCAAUGCGUCACCAUCGUUUUCUGCGUUCUCGUUGCCACUCUGUUCGGUGCAGACUUUUUCUUCCUCGUCUUCUGGCCCAGGAGAAAGUAUCCUCAGUGGUAUAACGGGGCAAAGAAAGGUCUAGCGGUAGGUAUUACGAUGGGAAUGGCCGCCGCAGCGUUGAUGAGCACAAUCAUCAUCACAACUCACGCAGCAUUCGUCGUUGGGCCCGACGAGAGCACGAUCGUCACGAUGCUGCAGCGAUUCGAUUGGCCUCCCCUUGUUUAUCGAAGAUAUCCACAUAACAUCGCGUGGAUGGUUCUCAUAUGGAUAGCGUUCGUUUCCACACUGGCCAGCACCGUACUCAUGUUCAUGGCCGCAGCCCAUGACGAACGUCAUGGAACCAGCCCUUAUCCACGGGACACUGUAGACGACCGUUCUUCUCAGUCCACUCAGUCUUCAUCCUCAGCCGUUGACGUGGGGAACGGCAGCUCGAGCCUCAAAGCCAAUGCGCUGGAGGAGAAGGCUGGGGCACGCUCCGGUGUGUAG